GACCGGUCGCCGUUUGUGAGAAAUCUGGCGGCUCUUUACGUUCGGGAGCCGGCCCGUCAUUUAGUGGCCGCGUUUGCUCGCGUGUCUUUGACGAGUUUGGCGCACGAGACGCAUCCAAAUUGUAGACCACGCAGGCUCAUUCUUGAAUGAACCACUGGUGUCGAGGGCCGUCGGCCGUCCAGCUGAGUGUGAGCCAGCUGAGCCGCGGACCUACGAGUGCGGACUGAGAUUGAGCCAGCCGCUGCCACUGUUUUUGUUCCACCGUCGUGCCCAAACAUAUCUGGUCAGUACAACUGUUAAUUUAAAGAUGCAAAUUAGCAAACUGUUGAUUGCGUGCUAACAUCAAUGAACUUGAACUGUUAAAGUAAUGAUUGUCAGACGUCAACCUUGACUUAAUGUUGAUUGAAGGUUUAUUGCUGUGUUUAUACGGAGUUAACAGCAAUUCUUGACAUAACUAUGGAUGCAGUACGUGAUGUGCCCAUACUGAGUGUAAUUCCCAUCUGUGAUUGUUUGCAGAAAACCGUCCGUCUGUUUGUCUCUCCGACCGACUGUCUGUUGGUAUAUCACUGCCUGCUUGCUGCUCCUUGAAUACCAUUUGUUUCAUGACUUUCCUUUUUUAUUUUAUUUUGGUUUAUUUGACGUCAAGGCAGUAGGGACUCAGGACGCGUCUGAAGAUAUGGGCGAAGGGCGAUUGUGGAAACAGUUUUCAGAUAUGUGGUCAGAAGUUUCAGACGUUGUGAAGAAGUUCUGAUGUUUGAUAGCUACCAGCAAUGAAGGAAGUUUCAGAUGUGCAAGUUUGCAAGUGGGUUCAAGUUGUCAGGUGUGCUGUGAAAUGCCUCUGUAAGAUCAAGAUGUUUGUUGAGUAGUUGUGCACUGUUCACAUAUGGCAAGAUGGAUUUGUCUGAAGUGCGAAAGUUGAAAAAUGUUCGGGCCAGACGACUAGGAUCCCUCACCAAUCUCAGGAGGCGUGCUCUUGUGAUUGUGAAUGCAAGGGGCAGUCGUACAGAGCUGACAAGCUUGUUGAAAGAUCUUGAUGCUGCUGCAGAUAGCGUCACAGAAGCACAUCAUGCUUAUAUUGAAGUACUUGUAAAUGAAGAGCAAACUCAGACUGCUGAGAAAACCUACAAUGAAGCCAUCCAGUCCUAUGACAACACUGUGGAAAGAAUUGGUGAAUAUCUGGAAGAGAGAAAGGAUGAGCCUCAAUCAGUUGUUUCUGGGCUAAGCAAAAGGAGUGCAACUCAGCAGUCAGGAACCUCAGCUGCAUCCAUGGGGACCAGAGAGGCAGAAAUCCAACUGAAGUUGAAACAGCUGAAGCUGGAGCAGCUAACUCAGCAGUUGUCACAAGAAAAGGAGGAAGAAGCACUCAAGCAGAAGCACAAACUGCAGGCUGUGCAAGAUGAGGUAGAAGCAGCCAGGCUAGAAGCAACCCUACGUAAAGCGGCAGAGAGUGGUCUGGCCUGGGAAAGAAAAGAUGACUUUGCUGAUGAGAAGAUCACAGGAAAGGAAGACAAGUUAGAGUUGAACGAACCGAAGGUGAUGUGUGUGGGCGGGGAUGAGAAGAUGGCCCAGCCGGUCAGGGAAGCUCCUCAAGAUCCAGGUGUGACUCAUGAUGUCGGCAGGAGUCUGCCUCGCCUAUCACUGCGUACCUUCUCGGGUGAUCCAAGUGAGUGGCCGACAUGGUUUGGUUUGUUUAAGGCCCUUGUGCAUGACCAGAUGUCGCUGAGUGCUGCAGAGAAGAUGGUGUUUUUACAGUCUUCAGUGACCGGCCUUCCUCGGCAGCUGAUCAGUGGUAUGAUGUGUGAUCCGAGCCUGUAUCCUGAAGCCCUGCAGAUACUGGAAGAGCGGUUUGGUCGAGAGCAGGACAUCGUUCGAGCGAAGUUGAACACCAUUUUCAGGCACCCAUCUCCCACCAUCAGGACUCUGGAGCAGUUCUACGCUGAUGUCAACUCAGCUGUCACUGUUCUGGACAGACUUGACUUCAAGGGAGACCUGUACAGUCAGGAGAAUCUUCGGAGACUGGUCGACAAGCUCCCAAGUGAGUUGAAACGGGAAUGGGCUAAACAUGCUCUCAGCCUCGAAGCCAGAGCGAGUCUGCUGGAAUUCAACGAGUGGCUGAAGCUGCAGGUAAGGAUCUCCCUGCAUUGUGUUUCAGCUCCAGACAGACCAGGACCCGUUCGCCCGACUCGUCGUGGAGGCUUUACACCUGAGCCGCGAGUUGCGUCGGCAUUCGCUACAACUCAGAGUCCGAGGACCGACUGCGUUUGUUGUGGCUCGAGCCACAGUCUGUGGGAUUGCGCCAGCUUCAAAGCGAAGAACGCAGACGAGCGUGCGCAGGUUAUCGCGAGCCAGCGCGCCUGCUUCAGCUGCUUGAGAGUGGGACACCGCAGCAGAGAAUGUCGAUCAGCAAGAACAUGUGGUAUUCAAGGCUGCCGGCUGAGGCACCACAGACUCCUGCACGGGAGUAAGAGGCUGAGGCGGCUCGGGCAAGGACCAGAUACUACAGCAUCUACGGAACGGCCUGCUCAGUUAGAAGCAAGUCAGCACACUGUCGCCUCAUUCACCAACGAAGACAGGGCGUCGCCAACGGUCCUACUGCAAGUGGUACCCGUCCGUAUCCAUGGAGCAAACGGCAAGAAAAGGGACACUCUGGCUCUGCUGGACCCAGGUGCACAAACAUCACUCUGCUGCGCAUCCGCACUGCGAGAGCUGAACAUCACCGGACAACCGCAGUCACUCCGUCUGCGCAACGUGGAGUCUGAUGGCGAAGAGAAGGCGUCACAGCGUGUCCAGCUGACAGUGAGUCCCCUGGCAGAGACGGAAGACCGCUCCCGGAUGAUCUGCGUCCCAGAAGCCUACUCUGUUACGAGAGUUAAUGUGAGGACGCCUACAGUCAGCGCCAGGAACAGACACGAGUGGAAGCACCUGCAGGAUCUCAGCAUUCCAGAAUGCACAGCUGGAGAAGUGGAGCUCCUAUUGGGCGCCAACUGCUUGGAAGCAGUACUUCAGACGGAGGCCAGGGUAGGUCAACGUGGGCAGCCAACAGCCAUCAGGACCGCCUUCGGAUGGUCGCUGACCGGGAGUGUCUUCGGUUGUAAGCCAGACGGACCCAAAGAAGUGAUGUUUCUCCAGAAAGCAGACCAAGAACUCACCGACACUCUCCAGGACUGGUGGAGUACAGAGGCCUUCGGGACCAAGCUCGCCGGAGAUGGGCUCUCCCCAGAAGAUGUGAAGACAAUGAAGAUCCUGGAGGAAACGACAAGGCGAGUGGGUGACAGCUACGAAGUCGGUCUGCCCUGGCGUGACGAGCAAGCGGAGAUGCCAGACAACCACAAGAUGGCUCUAAAGCGUCUCACGUCGUUGGAACACAGUCUGAUGCGGAAGUCAGAGAAAGCCAAGCUGUAUUCUGAGGUCAUUGAAGGAUACGUGGAUCAGGGAUACGCCCGAAAGGUCUCCUCAGAAGAGAAGCAGCUCAAGGAGAAGAAAAGAUGGCUGCUUCCUCAUCACGCUGUCACACGGCCGGACAAGCCGAAGCCUCGUGUGGUGUUUGAUGCGGCUGCCGAACAGGACGGGAUUUCUCUCAACACGGAACUCCUCAAAGGACCUGACUUGCUCCAGAACCUGUGUGCAGUUCUGCUACGUUUCAGGGAGGAGCAGUGCGCCCUUGUCGCUGACAUCUAUCAGAUGUUUCACCAGAUUAGAGUGCGUCCACAGGACCAGCCAGCACUCUCCUUUCUGUGGAGGAGUAUCGACCUCAAGAAACCUCCCGACAUGUACCAAAUGUGUGUUGUGAUAUUCGGGGCCAAGUGUAGCCCUACCGUGGCCAAUCACAUCCUGCGCCGCGCUCUGACGGAGAACCCUGGGACCGGGGGGACCGAAGUUGAUCGUGAGUCACUGGUAGCAAGCUUCUACAUGGAUGACUACCUUCGCGCGGACACUCUCAGUGUCCGUGUGAAAGAGGUUGAUGUGGCCUCUACGAAGCGAGGGGUGUUGCAGAGAACAGCCAUGCUCUUUGAUCCGCUUGGGAUCAUCACUCCGUUUGUGCUGAUCGCCAAGUGCCUCAUACAGACGCUGUGGCAGAAGAAGCUGGCAUGGGACGAAGACAUGCCCGAAGAAGAGCUGGUGAUAUGGAAGAACUGGCUGGGAGAACUGUCCUAUCUGGAAGAUCUGGCUAGUAGCGGAGAUUAG